AAGCAUUAGUACAAUAUUUAAGAUUUAAAGACACUUGGUAGAGAUCACACAGUGGAAGACUCAUUGAAAUGUAUUGAAGAAGCUAAAAUUCUAUACCCAGGAUGUACUUCAUUGGAUCUAAUAUUUGGUAGGCAUGGACAGACAGUUGAAGAAUGGAAACAAGAAUUGCAGCAGAUUGUUUCUUUAUCUGACGACCAUAUAUCUCUGUAUCAGCUCACACUCGAAAGAGGAACUGCUUUAUUCAAGUUGUUGUCGAAAGGAGAUCUGAGUAUUCCAGAUGAUGACACUAUGGCAGAUAUGUAUGAAAUGGCAGUGGAAACGUUAAAAGCAGCUGGGUUCACAAGAUAUGAAGUCUCAAACUUUGCAAAAAAUGUUGGAGCAGAAAGUGUUCACAAUAAAAACUAUUGGAAUGGAGGACAGUACAUUGGUGUUGGACCUGGUGCACAUGGGCGAUUUUGUAGGAAAAAUGUUAAUAAACGAGAAGCAAGAAUCCAGACAUUGGAACCAGAACCAUGGAUGAGAGAAGUUGAAAAUUAUGGACAUGCAACCAGAAAAUGUACUACACAAACCAAAAUAGAUAUUCUGGAAGAACUACUGAUGGUAGGUCUCCGUACAAGACAUGGUAUCCAAGAUGUGAGAUGGAGACAGUUUUCUGAAGAUGUCAGUCUGCUGAAAGUGUUUGGUGAUUCUCUGGCCUUGGAGGAAUUCAUUAACAAUGGACUCAUGAAGUUUGAUGAUAAGAUAUUGCGUUGUUCUGGUAAAGGUAUAUCAGUGGUUAACAGUAUUGUGGCGUCACUUCUACAAGAUUUACACAACUAUCAAGAUCUUCCCAGUAGAUGACUUAUUCAGAUCGAAAAAUGCAGUAUGUGGCAUGUGGCAACCCAAAUUUUUGACUUGUAUUAAUUUAAUUCAUGUAAUAUUUGUAAC